AUGGGUGCCAAGGUUCCGCGAAACUUUCGUCUGCUGGAAGAGCUGGAGAAGGGUGAGAAGGGGCUUGGUGCUGAGGCCUGCUCAUAUGGCCUGGAUAACGGAGACGAUCUGUUGAUGUCAGACUGGAACGGCACCAUACUAGGUCCACCCCAUAGUGUCCACGAGAACCGCAUUUACAGCGUGUCGAUCCACUGCGGCGCAGAGUACCCUGACACACCCCCGGACAUCAAGUUCACGUCCAAGAUCAACCUACCCUGCGUCAACCCUCAGAACGGAAAGGUCGAUCCCACAAAGCUGCCCUGCCUGGCCCAGUGGAAACGUGAGUUUACCAUGGAGACCAUACUCAUCGAGCUUCGAAGGUACAUGGCGCUUCCUCAGAACAAGAAGCUCCCACAGCCUCCUGAAGGAACGACUUUCUAG